GCUGCAGCUCUCGCCAGGCUCUCUGUGUCCUCCAACAUGGCCUCCUACAGCUCCUCCGGUCAGACCGCCUCAUCGUACCGCCGCACCUUCGGUCAUGGCACCUACGCCUCACCAUCACUCAACCGAUCCCUGCUGGGCCACAGCGGCAGUGGCGGGGGUCAUGUCACCUCCAGGGUCUAUGAGGUGACCCGUACCAGCGCCACACCAGCUUACCGGGUCUCCUCAAGCUACUAUGGCAGGCCGGUGACAACCUCCCGGGCAUCCGUUGGGCGCUCUUAUGCUGGCAUGGGCGAGACGCUGGACUUUAGCCUGGCGGACGCCCUCAACCAGGAGUUUCUCACCACACGGACCAAUGAGAAGGCCGAGCUGCAGCACCUGAAUGAUCGUUUUGCCAGCUACAUUGAGAAGGUCCGCUUCUUGGAGCAGCAGAACCAGGCGCUAGUGGUGGAGGUGGAGCGCCUGCGAGGCCGUGAGCCCACGCGCAUUGCCGACCUGUACGAGGAGGAGAUGAGCGAGCUUAGGAGGCAGGUGGAGAUCCUGACCAAUCAGAGGUCACGCAUAGAGGUGGAGCGGGACAACCUGCUCGAUGACCUGGAUAAACUCAAAAUCAGACUCCAGGAGGAGAUUCUUCAAAAAGAAGAAGCAGAAAACAACCUGGCUGCUUUCCGAGCGGAUGUGGACGCUGCCACUCUGGCCCGUCUGGACCUGGAGAGACGCAUCGAGACGCUGCAGGAGGAAAUCGCUUUCUUGAAGAAGAUCCAUGAAGAGGAGAUCCGUGAGCUGCAGGCCCAGAUGCAGGAGACUCAAGUCCAGAUCCAGAUGGACAUGUCCAAGCCGGACCUGACGGCAGCACUACGAGACAUCAGGGCUCAGUAUGAGGGCAUUGCUGCCAAGAACAUCGCAGAGGCUGAGGAGUGGUACAAGUCCAAGGUGUCUGAUCUGAACCAGGCGGUAAGUAAGAACAACGAGGCUCUGAAGCAGGCCCGUCAGGAGACCAUGGAGUUCAGACACCAGAUCCAGGCCUACACCUGUGAGAUCGACUCCCUCAAAGGCACCAAUGAGUCUCUGAUGAGGCAGAUGCGGGACAUGGAGGACCGUCAUGGACGAGAGGCCGGCAACUACCAGGAUAGCAUUGCCCGCCUGGAGGCGGAGAUCGCCAACAUGAAGGACGAGAUGGCGCGCCACCUCCGUGAGUACCAGGACCUACUCAAUGUCAAGAUGGCGCUGGAUGUGGAGAUCGCCACCUACAGGAAGCUGCUGGAAGGAGAGGAGAGCAGGAUUGCCUUGCCUGUGCAAACCUACUCCACGCUGAGUUUCCGAGAGACCAGCCCUGAGCAGCAGCGCUCCUCUGAGAUGCAUUCAAAGAAGACUGUCCUCAUCAAGACCAUCGAGACUCGCGAUGGAGAGGUUGUCAGCGAGUCCACGCAGCACCAGCAAGACAUCAUGUAACAGCCUGCAGGACAUAAGAAGAGAAGAAGAAACAAAAAGCUCUCAUGUGUCCCUGCCUGAGACGGACACAUGAAAACAAUAAAGAAACAAGCAAAAGAAAUAAAACUAAGAAAUAAGACUUUACACACUCGUCUUUACGGCCUGCCCUGUGUUUGUUUGCAAGUUACUGAGAUGUGUGUAUUUAAAGCAGA